AUGCGACCUCCAAGUUAUUUUAUGCGAAGUUUAACGUGUAAAAAACCUGAGUUGACUUCAUGUACUUCUGGCCGUUAUUCCCAAAAUAAACAAAAUACUUAUUUACAACGCUUCUAUGACGCAAGCUCUAACAUUUCCCUCCACAGUUCAAUCAAUAUUCAAUACCAACGCUCUAUUCCAAAGAUAACUGACUGCCCGACUCGAAUGGAAAAAAAGGCGGAAGAUGUACAUAAUGUGAAAGGUAGCGUCAAUAAUAUGGAACAGUUUUAUGUAAGUGGGUGGGAUGAUGAUGACAGGAAUGUGGAAGAAGAUGGGGGUGAGAUACAUUUGGCAGCAGAGAGGGGAGACGUUGAAUCUGUUGAGGAGCUACUAAAAUGCGAUCCAGAUCUUGUAAACGCUCGCGAUAAAGAUGGAUAUACGCCUUUACAUCGAGCUUGCUACGGUGACCACGUGAAGACCGCUGAAAUACUUAUAAGAGCUGGUGCCGAUAUAGAGGCAGGUACAUUGGAUGGAUGGCGUCCUCUACAUUCGGCCUGUCGCUGGAACAAUGCACGCAUAGUUGCGUUACUUCUUGCUCAUGGCGCAUGUGUAAACGCACCAAGUGAGGGUUCACAAACCCCUCUGCACUUAGCUGCAUCUCAUAGUCAUAGUUUGGAAACACUACAGCUGUUGCUAAUGCAUCCCAGUGUCAGACCCGAGCUGAAGAACAGUGUGGAAGAAACAGCUGAAGAAAUUGCAGUUCGAGGAGGACCUCUCGGCUAUCUGUUCGAAGUGACAGAAGAUUGUGUGAAUAAAAUAUGA